ACUUGCCAUCCUUUUCAACCUCCAUGGCGAAUUUGAUGGCUGGGUGGAUGGAAUUGAUGUGGUUGAUGAAUUGGUUCAGUUUAACAGCGGAUUCCAUAACUUCAAGGAUUACAGCUUUAAAAAGCUGGAUGUUACGUGGUGCAUAUCCUACAAGAAUUGCAUUCAUACACUUUUAAAGCAUAAUAUGAAUACUUUCACAAGCUGCCAAAUAGUGUUCAUGGUAAUUUGAAUAGUUGCACUAGUUAUGGUCAUACAAUAAUGCUGGCACUAUGAUAAUGAAGAAGAAGGGAAGAGUGCAAUAUCCCAUUUUGUCUGAAUUGUUGCCUUAAAAAAUAGGUUGAGGGAGAUAUUCAUAUUUGCAGUUUUCGAAGUCAUUCCGAAAGUUAAACAGUAGAUUGUCUCAUUCGGCGUCACGGGUUGCCAACAGUAGGCUGAAUGUAAAUGUUUAAUUCAACCAGUUGUAGUAAAUAGAGCUGUUAAUAUUGAAAACAAUAGGUCUGCAUGGUAAUGCAGCUAGGUGGGAUCUCACAUGGUGGACUAAUUGCUCUGUUUUAAUAACUUUUUUGAGUUCUUGUGAAAACUUGUUGUUUAUACCUUUAGUUUGUAUGCCAUUUGUUCAUUUAAUAAUUGUUAAAAUAGGAUUUAGCCCUUGUAUAUAAUUUUAGUACAGCAUUGUGAGUUGAAAUUGACAUGGAUGAUGCUUUAUAACACGAAAUUAUGAUUGUUAUGUCAAAUGCGAGGACACAUCCAAAGGUUGUUUAAAAUGUAAAAGCAAUUAUUUGAAAUUAGACAUCUUAAUCAUUUCCGAUAUGUUGGAGACUGUUUCAUGUCAGAUACACAUUCUUAACUGCUUCAGAAUCAGAAUAUUUAUUUAUACCGAAGGAAUCCGAUGAGCUAUAAAGUGCUCUUUCACAGAUGUCCAGUAAGGGAGUCAGAACGUUACAACAACAAACAAUACAAAACACGAUAGGAGCGCACAUUAUAGCUCAAUGAAGUGGCUUAUCAUGUCCAAAGAAGCAACAUAGUUUAGACGCAUGUUUCGAAAUGUGGAGGGAAAAAACGGAGGACCCAGAAAAAAUAUCCACAUGAUCACGGGGAAAUUAUGCAAACUCUAAUUAUAUCGGCGUCAGGGUCGGGAUCGAACCCCACAUCCUGCAUGCCAGGCUAGGAACAUAACAUGUAUCGCAAGUCUGCUGCGCCCCACAACCGAGGCUGGUGCUGCCAGGGUGAGCUCGGCAAGUCUACUGUGCCCCACUACCAAGGCUGGUGCUACCAGCGCCAGUGGGAGCACGUCAAUGGUGACCUGGUCGAAACCAUCCCCAUAGAGGAAGACUUUAAACACAGAGAAAGCCCGGUGGGAGCUCGACACGGUUCGUCCCCCGCUCAACACCAUCAGUGAGUGGGAGCUCUGCCCGGCUCGUCCCUUGCUCAGCACUAUUAACAAGUGAGAUCUUGAUGUGGUUCGUCCCCUGCUCAGCACCACCAGCGAGUGGAAGGUGGAUGUGGUUCGUCCCCCGCUCAGCACCACCAGCGAGUGGGAGCUGGAUGUGGCUCGUCCACUGCUCAAUGCCACCACUGAAUGCGGUUCGUCCCCCACUCUGCACCGCCAAUGAAUGGGAGCUGUAUAUGGCUCGUCCACCGCUCAACACCAACCAGCGGAAGCUCGACGUGGCUCAUCUCCCGCCCAGCACCACCAAUGGAUCCGCCAUGGGUGCAGUCAUCCUUUGAAGGUAUCGGUGGAGACCUGUCAAAGGCCAGUGGUUGUAGAAAUACAAUCUCAAGCCUUAGACCACACAUACCAGUUGCAAGCAAAGUGAAGUCCCGACGUGGUGCUGCUGCUGCUGCUUCUUGUGCUUCUAUGGCCAAAACUGGGUGGCGACAGGACUACAACAGAGAUAGUGCAGAGAGCUGGGUGGAGCGGCAUGCGCCAACAACAACGAUGGAGCUGGCUGUGCACAAGAAGAAGGUGGAGGAGGUGGAAACAUGGCUAAGAGCUCAUGCCUUGCAGUAUAAUGCUCGCAAGGGCAGCAUCCUACUGAUCACGGGUCCAGCAGGUGCGGGCAAGACGGCCACACUCCAGGUUCUCUGCAAGCAACUGGGGAUCAUUAUCCAUGAGUGGAUUAACCCACUCGAGAUUGGGGGCAAUGGCUUUGGCAAGGAGACAUUUGGGUGGGAGAGGGAGCCUCGUGGCUUUGGCAGUGGUGUGCAGACACAGGUGGCUCUAUUCCGGGAGUUCCUGUUGAGAGCAAACCGAUAUCGUGCACUCUGCCUCAACGGGGGGGAAGCCAGUGUGGAGCCAGAAGCGCGGCUUAUCCUGCUGGAGGAUAUUCCAAACCAGUUUUACAGGGAGCCCUCUAGCCUGCAUGACGUACUCAGAAAGUUUUCUAUCUGUGGCCGGUGUCCACUGGUGCUGGUGGCGAGCGACUGCUCUGGGAGUGAGUACAGCCUCCGAACCCUACUCCCCCGUGGCAUUCAAGAGGAUCUAGGGGUUCAUGUUAUCAGCUUCAACCCAGUGUCUCCCACCAGCUUACUAAAAGUGCUGAUGCGUGUGGCCUCUGCAGAAACUGCCCAGGUAAGGGGGCGGCCAUGUGUGCUGAAUCAGACGGUUCUGCAAGACCUGUGUGCAUCAAGUGCAGGCGAUAUCCGUGGUGCUAUCAAUGCCCUGCAGUUUGCCUGGCAGUGUGCCAGCAUCAGGACUCAAGACACAUCUGACAGUACAAGCUCUGUAUUUCCGCGGAAGCUGUUGCGAGGAGGUGUUGGGUUUGGACCAGGGAGGCGCGGACGACGAGGUACAGAGUCCCCCACAAGUCCUGAGGAGUCAAGGACCGUCUUCGGGGGAAGGGAUGUGUCACUCUUCCUUUUCCAUGCGCUCGGGAAGAUUUUGCACUGCAAGCGUGAAAACGGCCCUAUCUCAGAAUCCCACGCUCUCCCCACUCACUUGACCCAUCAACAGAGAAACAUGUUGGCAGUUAAUCCUGAGGACGUGGUGGAGAGGAGCCAAAUGUCGCCCGAGCUCUUUACACUUUACCUACACCAGAACUACCUGGGAUUCCUGCACGAUGCUGAGGAUGUUAGUGCGGCUGCACAGCACCUGAGUGAUGCGGAUUGUCUCACAGCUGACUGGGCGGUUAGAGUUGAAAUGCGAGAUUAUGUGGCGGCAGUGGCCACGCGAGGGCUGCUUCACAGCCACGUGGGCAGAGCGCGGUCUGGUGUGGCUGGAGUCGGCUUCCGGCCUCUCCACAAACCAGAGUGGAUCUCUGUGCACAGGAAGGUCAAAUUGCUUUUUUGCAGGAUGUGGGGAGAUUCAUGCACAUUAAGCUGCCACACAGGCAAGAGGUGAUCACCAUUGCAGAGCAUGAUGGAGGCGGGAUUGACCCUGACAAUAACCCCACUGACCCCACCUCUGCUCUGCCAGCGCCUUCCAACCAAUCAGCUUACAGGGACCUUUCCGCUAGCCAACCCCAGCCAAUGG